CCAUGUUAUUCAAAUACAGAAUAAUUAUUUCCACCAACCAUUUCAGAAAUCAUCGUGCUGUUAUCGUUAGCUUUAUCAGUAAACGCUUAUAAGUUCUUCUCGAAUAAGAUGGAGAACGAACCGUCCUUGUCGAUACUGUAUACUCAUGACAAAAGCAGCGACAUGGUCGUCAAAGACUGUCUGACCGAGAUGUACCCACGCAACCUUUACAAGUAUCCCCUACAUAUUGACAGAAACGACGUCCCUUGCAUCAUACAUUGUGUUCUCAAGAAGUUCAAGAUUAUGACCAACGAUGGAGUCAUCAACGUAAGAAAUUACUACAGAAGAGUAGCAGCCAUACACAGAUAUGACCCGAGAAUUCUCAUUUCGGAUGUGGGAGACACUUGUGCUAAGAACAUCAACAAUAUGAAUUUAGACCACGAUGUUUGCAAGAAGGCAAAGGUAUUCAACGAUUGUACGCAGUUAUAUGCCAUCACAUUGACGGACAACUUCGCAUAAAUGUGUGUAUGGAAUCUAAAGAUGUGAGAUUUUUCUAGAACUUGUAUACGUUUUGUAAAUAAAAUUUCGUUUUCAUAAAAAAAAAUAUUGUGAAUAAAGUAUAUUUGUUGUGGAUAUUAUUUUAUUAGUCUGAAAAGAAUUUACAUACAUACAUACAUACA